AUGUCGGCACGCCUCUUGCGUUCAGCUGUGGUUCGAGCCACCCAGCAGCGAACCAUGUACGAGAAUCCAUACAUCAACCGUUUCAAGGCCAGAAGCAAGGUUUCUGAGGAUUUCCACAAGAAGACCACCGGAAUCACCGGACUCUUCGUAAACGAGCAUCCACAUCGCGCGUUGACCGUUGUCUACGGCCGUAUUCUCAGAGCGCUUGAGCAAAUGCCUCGUGACGCCGCCUAUCGCAAGUACACUGAAGCUGUGGUAAAGCAGCGCUUGGCUCUUGUUCAAGCUGAGAACGACAUCAAGAAGCUUGAAGAGAAAAUUGGAAUGGGACAAAUCGAAGAAGUCAUUGAGCAGGCCGAGUACGAGUUGGAGACGACACGAGCAAUGAUCGAUUCGAAAGCAUGGGAGCCACUCGUCGAGACAGCUCCAAAGGGACAAUGGUCGUGGCCAGUUUAG